AAUAAGCUGUGCACUUCUAAUAGCGAUGAAUCGCGCUACUUUGAGUUAAUUAAUUAAUUACGUCGCGAGCGAGUUAUUAAGUAACGUCGAGCGAGCGAAAUCAGGGAGUAUCUCGUUUCUACUCGAUCGACACGAGUCUGCGAUCUGUAGCACGACAUGCCGUUGUGACAUCAAUCCGUGAUAAAGCGACGAACUAAGCGGUUAGGAUCACCGGGUGGACCAUGAACCAUGGAUACGCGGCUCGAGAACGACGCGACUUCAGAAGAGAAACGUAAAGAAGAACGCGCUUAAGCCAUGGGUAGCGGAGGAGUUGGUGAAGUACCAACGAUAUUUCACCCCCGACGAUCGCGUACGUCGAAUAUAACCUUCGUCGAAGAUCAGCAGACCCACGGUCCGUUCAUCACUCCCAUCCAGAUUGCGCUCCACGCUUCAGGAUGCGAGCAACAGCAGGGUUGCAGCGUCGUCGACGGAUGCGGCGAUUCUGCGCCAAGUUGUCGCACCCUAGAAACUACCGGAAGUGCCGGCAGCGGUGGUGAUAGUGUGACCGGUAGUGUGCAAACGACAGGUCAAACUCAAUCAUCAACUCAUGUGACCUCUGCUCCAAUAGUUCAGCAACUGCAACAACCAAGCUCGAUUUCGGCCUGCGUCGCUUCCUGUUGCGCGGAAAGCGCGAAGAAGAUCUAUUUCGGCGUGUGCGUGACGAUAUGUGUAACCGCGAGUUGGGUUGGCGCGACUCAUUGUAUUAAGUAUUUGUACUUUCGUAAAUCAGAUAAGAUCUCGGAGACGUCCGAAUCCGUAAAUUCCUCUGUGAGCGGAUUUCAUCAUCAACAUAUCAUUCUUCCAUACGAUGCGCCCUUCUUUACGACGUGGUUUUGUACCAAUUGGGAAAUCUUAUACUUUCCGGUAUAUUUCAUUUGUUGGGCUGCGAAAACCAAAUGCGCCACCCCUUCAGAAAUAAUAGCCGAAAGUCUCCGCGGUUUCCGUGAUAAGGGUUUCACUGGCGGCCGCUUCUUAAUUAGAUGCAGCCUUUUCUGCAGCUUAUGGGUCAUCACGAAUUAUUUAUAUAUACUCUCGCUGAGAAUACUGCUAGCCACGGACGUGAUGGCAUUAUAUGCAACCAAUGUGUCAUGCGUCUAUCUACUUUCGUGGGUCAUUCUUCAUGAACAAUUCGUGGGUGUGAGGAUAGUCGCGGUGAUCCUCUGUAACACUGGUAUUGCGCUUUUAGCUUACAUGGACGGAAUAACUGGAAGUCCAACGCUAGGAGGUGUCGUUUUAGCUACAGCAGCGGCAGCUGGCUCUGCCGUUUAUAAAGUCCUCUUUAAGAAAGUAAUUGGAGAAACUACGUUCGGCCAAAUGUCUUUAUUUUUUUCUCUUAUUGGUUUAUGUAACGCCGCCUUGUUAUGGCCAAUUUGCCUGGCUCUGUAUUUUUCGGGAGUAGAAACCAUACACUGGGCAAGAUUACCUUGGGCAGCUUUACUCUCUGCCAGCAUCCUCCAUUUAGUUGCGAAUAUGCUCGGCAAUUUCAGCAUCGCGCUCACCUACGACCUAUUCAUUACUCUUGGAUUAAUAACAGCUGUACCUGUAUCUGCUGCAUUGGACGUUAUUUUUUAUGGAGCGUACUUCAUGGGCAUGAAAUUAGCAGGCAUGAUCUUCAUAGCGGUGGGUUUCUUCCUCGUAAUGUUCCCGGAUAAUUGGCCAGAUUAUAUAACAAGACUUCUUCGUACCACGGGGGGCGGCCAGCAACGCGGCAGCAGGAAUAUCCUUAGAGGUCGCAGAACAUCCCUUCAACAACGUCAGCACCGUCUGAGGAGCUACGGCGUUUCUGCCGCGCAUGGAGAUGGUCAGACGCUGUUGCCGAUCAGCAAUAACAACAACAACAACAACAAUAGCACCAACAGCAGUAAUCAGCCUGCCAUUCUUCGACAUGUUAACAACAACCCUCAACAAUACAGCUCGACCUCUGAAACCCAAUCACGCCGUGUCCUUCCUUCUACCUCGACUUCCAUCACCUCGACCACCACCGUCGUCAGCAACAGCUAUUCGCAUGAUCCUCGUAAUCAACAUCAAGGUGGAGCAGGAAACACAGGCACGGCAUGUCAGAUGGAUCGUCGCGCGACGUAAUCGAUUAUCGAACCGGUUACAUAAAAUCGCACCUACGCUCACCCUCGGGUAGGGUUCGGUGACUAAACACAUGGAAAA